CUCCGCCAUUAUAUUGGUCGUCUCGGGUCGUGGCACCAUUCUUCUCGUACUCUUGUAUCGUAUGCGAGCGAAAGACCGCAGGUUUUCGCCGAGGUUCAAAUCACUGCGCGAGCGACGCCAAAACCGAUCGGUGUCCCACGAGCAAACGAAACCACCAAUCUGCACAGCGUGCUCUCAAGGAUGUUUACAGAAGAUGAGCAGCUCGAGCUCAAGCGAGGAAUAGAGAUCCUACAGCGACUACGUGGUUUUGACCUUGAUUCGGCAUUCCGGGAGGCUUACGCCGACAAGAAUUUCAAACCACGCGUUCACGCAGAAGUGUGGCUACUCGAGCAUUUUUACUGGAGCGACCUACAUUUCCUGGACGAUGAUCGAUACAUAGGUUGCAGCAAACCUUCUUGCUACUGCUGCAAUCUCUAUAUCUUAGAGCGCCAAGACAGAUCGUCGCAGCGCCCCAGCCAUGGCAACGUCUGGACAAAUUGGCAGUCACCUCUGCCUCAGGACAGCAGUAAAAGUUUAUUCGAUGCCAACCUCAGGUCAGCCAUGAUCUCGAAAUUCAAGGAAGAUCUAAAGAAUCAGAUAAUCGAGCCUACUACAAAUCAUGGGCGAAUUCCGGACACCACAACUGGAUUAACUCUUUCGGAC